AACUAAACGCCAUGAGCUUCAAUCAGACGGCCUAAAGUUGGGGCCUUGAUUCUUAGUUCAGCCUGACACACCCUCCUCAAUUACACUCAUGGAACAUAAAUUUAAGCAAUAUUUUUCUCUUUAUUUCUUCCUCUAUUAGGACAAAGCAAAGCGUUUUUGUGAGUUCCGAGUCAGGAAGGCAAGCAGUAGCAGCCCCAUCAUUUCGUGUAUUCCAAUAGCGCUUUUAACUUUUCCCUCCAACAUCGGCUGCUUUUGGAAUCAAUUCGAUCUUUUUUGGAUUCAGUUUUUGGUUUUUCCAGCUCUUCUGUAAGGGUCAGAUGCAAAGCAGCUGAGCUACCUUGGGGCAUCUCAAAUCAUGUCUUUAUCUUUCCCUGUUGGCUCCACCCCUAUCGACGACAAGUAUACCAAGCUGCCAGAUACUUACCAGGUUUCUUCACAGAGGAAAAUUAUGAUGAAUUCCUCUACAAGACAGGCUCCUCCAUUAAGUUCCAGUGCUGGGUCUAGUGGGCAAUUCUUUUCAUCAUCCUCCAGGUUACCGAGCGAUGUUCAUGUUCCUAUAUCCUCAGUUUCCCCACACGAAAGACGUUCCUUCCAUUCUCUUGCUCCUCAGUCAAGUGGUGGAAUGCCACCAGUCCAUUCUUCCCUUUCAGAAAGGCAAUCUACAGCAUUUAUUGAUCACGUUGUAGAAAAUAACGAUAUUUCCUGGUGUCCGGAUUCAAUUCACGAUUUACUUGAUUUUCCUGGAAUGGUCUCUGUCCAGAAUGAUCAGGUAGAAGCUAGUAGUGUUGCUGUAAGAUCUCAGGACCAUAAUGAAAAGAAUGAUUGGCCAGAUUGGCAGAUGAUUGCAAUAGGGGAGGAUCUGGAUCAAUUAUGGCCUGACCUUCCUGUUAGUGUUAAUCCAAUUGCAACAGAUUCCAAACCAGAGGGGUGUAUACAAUCAGUUGAUGCCUCGGUGCAGCAGAUCCAAAAUUAUCAGCAGCCUUCAUUGCAAUGUGGAGAACAUGCUACUACUCCUGAUCCAUUGUGUAAUGCAUCCUCAACCAAAUCCAGAAUGCGUUGGACACAAGAGCUACACGAGGCUUUUGUUGGAGCUGUCAACGCACUUGGUGGAAACGAAAGAGCUACUCCGAAAGGUAUCUUAAAUCUGAUGAAAGUUCCAGGAUUGACUAUUUAUCAUGUAAAAAGCCACCUACAGAAAUAUAGAACAGCCAGAUACAAACCAGAGUUGUCAGAAGGUACUAAUGAGAAAAAAUCACCUACGGCUGAAGAUGUGAGAUCUCAAGAGUUAAGCACGAGUAUGGGGAUCACUGAAGCAUUGAGGUUGCAGGUAGAACUCCAGAAGCGCCUCCAUGAACAGCUUGAGAAUCAAAGAAAAUUGCAGUUGCAAAUUGAAGAGCAAGGGAAGUACCUUGAAAAGAUGUUUGAUCAGCAUAAAAAGAUGGAAACCAAGUCCAAGGCUUCUUCGUCAACCUCCCAUGAUCACAAGAAUCCAUUGUCAAAAGUACAGGAAAAUAACAAAUCCAAAGUUUCAGAAGGCGCUUCUUCCAAAACAGGAAUCAGCUCGAGUAAUGCCAAGCCUAAACCAGAUGAAAGUUUCAUAGACCCAAGUGAGAAGGGAAAGGCACACGAUGAAACCAAAACUUGGGGAGAACAUGAGCCGGGUAACGAGGAGUCUGAUGUUCAACCAACAAAACGAGCUCGAUGCGAAUGACAAACAUUAGCAGCAUUACUUAAAUUUGUCUUUUCAGUUGCAUGGUAUCCCUAUGGAGUUCACUGUUGCUGGAGGUGACAUUUUAAGCCUGGAUAUAGAUUAGGUGAACCAUGGUGAUUGAAACCGAAAGACCCUUGACAUGUUUGCUUCUUUUGGGUAAUGAAGUGAAAGUCUGGUCUGGUAGUUGAACACACUCCAAUUUCCAGAUUAACAAUGUGUCCAAUUAGGCAUUAGUUAUUAUUAUCUGAUCCUGUUCUGGUACCUAUUAUUUAUAAUGAACCCUCUGUACAGUAUAUGCUGGGAGAUGUUUACUUACUCUGUUUGGGCGAAAUGAUGUUAUGAGAUUUCUGAAAUCAGAUGUCAUGGCACUCAAAAUGUCUAGGAUUCAUUCAUGGAAUCAUUUCAGUGAAAAUGAUUGCUGUUUAUCAAUAAAAACGACAUGUAGUUAGUCUGGAAA